CGACUGGCGUUUAGGCGACUGGAGGAUUGAAAACGGCAAGCUCGAGUUUGCGACAGGAGACGCAUACCGCGAUACUCGCUCUGGUUUCAAACUGGUCCAAAUGGGGUCACAUCUAAGCAAACCUCGUACUUAUCCGGAAGUCACUAUCUCGGCCUUCACUGAGAUCGGAAAGGAAGAAUCGUCGAUUCAAGUCUCAAAGCAACGAUCCUACACGGGUAGGAAACCCGUCAUAACUUCCUCUCUCGCCGAUACCCCUUGUACCGACCUAGGCGUUGCCGGGAUUUUAGACCAGCUCAACACCACCCUCGGAACCUCAUACACGCUGAACAAUCCAUCCUUAUCCUCGAUACUCCAAAGCUGCAUCUCGGAGAAAUACGACUUUGGCGCUGCCUAUGGGCGUCUCCGUCCUAUCUGGUAUAGUGCCAACUGGAGCACUAUCCAAACUGAACUGCGUACACGUGAGGAGAAGGACUAGAAGAUGCGACGAGAAGCGCUCGUGGGUAAACGGAUCGUAAAUCCGAAUAUGCCCCCUCGACGCGUGUGGGAUCUUUAUAGCAAUCGUGUGGUACCCCAAGGAAUUGUCACCGAGAAGA